AUGCUUUUCAAGACCUUUACUAUUCUCGCCCUCGCCAUCGGCGUCAUUGCCAACGAGGCGGUACCCCCUCGCCCGCGCACCAACGCUGAGGCGCUCGCGCGCGGCCUCCCCAUCCUCAACCCCCGAGGCCAAUACGGUGGUGGCGGUGACAACAACAACGGCCACCACGGCCACGGUCACGGCGGCCACAAGCCCCGCCCCUCAGGCAAGCCCACUCCCACUCAGGCUGGCCCUAACCCCGACUUUGUCAAGACGUGUGACUGGUUCGAGGUCGAGUUUUCGAACAACCGUCCCAUCCUCACCGCCCUCUGCAAGGACAACAGAGGCAAGAAGAAGUACUCGGAGAUCAACCUCAACCAGUGCAUCAAGCUCAACGAUGACGGCAAGCUCACCUGCGCUCCUGGUGGCUUUGUUGGUCGUUCCCGCCGCGGCCGCGACCUCGAAUCUGCCAUGAUCGGUGCCCGCCACGGCGACAACAACGGCGGUGGCCAGCGUAACAAGGGCAAGUGCACUGGCUGUGACGUCGUUUCUGGCGACACGAUCGAGUGCUCGUGCCCUAUCAAGACUGGAGGCCGUAUCGAUUCAUCGUACACGCUUGGCAACUGCAUCUCGAACAAUAACGGCCGCCUCACAUGCAAGUCUGCUCAGAACUAA